AUGGGGACUAUCUCUAUAUCCCGUCCAGACGACUGCUUCUCAGUGUUCAAGCUGAUGGUGCACGUGCUCAUGUGCCUUUUCGCGUCUGCGAUCUACGCCAAUAUGCAUAAUUUGUCAGCUGCUUUCCAGGAGGAAGGGCAGGGUUUGGACUGGACUGUCUUUCGCCUCGCUGCUAUCUCGGGUGAGUCUGAUGAGAUCAGCUGGAAGCGUGAUAGAGAGACUGGUUCAGUAUAUGCUGGGGAGCUGGGAGGGGGUAGAUGGACGACAUCCAUAACGCGAGCUCAGUUGGCAAGGUGGAUUGUCGAGAAUAUCGAAUCUAGGGAAUGGUACGAGAGUAUGCCGGCAUUGAGUACGUUUUCAGGAUAG